UUUCACAACCGUGUGUUGCUGCUCAAGUUAGCUCUCCAUUUCAGGCCUGGAUAUUGUCCAGAUGGAGGUAUUGCUGGGAAUAAUCAUGAUGGUUGCACACUCCUAGAGUAUCCAUUCAACUAUGGGCGAUGUUUUCCAGAGCUGCUUGAAUUAUACAUGGGUGAGGUAUACCUUGUAUGGAAUUGGUGUCUGCACUUUAGCGCAGUGGACGGACUGCCGAAACUUCCCAAAGCCCAGACACGAGAUGCCGCUGGCCUAGCCCUGAAACCUGAGCGGCUCGUUGAUAUAUCCUCUUUCGGCGAAAAAUGCCCUUUCCAACGCGUGGAGCCCCACUGCGUACUCAGGUGUGAACUCAGUGUCGGGUUGACCAUGACAACCUACAGUUAAUUCCCUUUCUACACGAUUUCUGAUUUUGAAACUCAAAUCAUUCGCAUUUCCAAACCCACAGUCAAGCUGACGGACGAGCUGACUCUUGCUGGCUGGCUGAUGCCUGUGACUGGGAUCACCUUCUCGAGGGGGGGGAGGGGGAACAGACUGUCGCGCUGACCUCAACUGAGCGGGUACUGCGGCCGAAUCGGAUUGGUCAGAUCGACUGAAUGUUGACCUGUUGACUGGUCACGGUUGGAUGCUUCUCCCCGCUACAUCGGCGUUGAGAAACAUCUGCCCUCGUAGCGAUCACUCAGCGUACGGUACCGAGCGCGCACAAGGACGAAAAUGAAUACGGGCUACCGGCUGUAGGGUUCAGCCGCCCUAUCAAGGCAGGUGAAUAACCAAUCCGAUUUUCGAGGAAUAUUGCGGCGCUCCGCUCGCUUCGUGGAAAUCGUACCAUACGUUUGCCUGCAGUGCAUUUUGCCGGCCCAUGGUCACCAGUAAGCACGUUGAGGGCCUCUCCCGAUCCAUGUGUAGAUUGAUCGACAUAGAAAAUCACUGCAAUAAGAUCUACGCAAACAACAAUAUUAAUGUCAGGGGGCUCGAAUCGAGAUGAUCGGAAGCUCUCUAUUUUGACUCGGGCGACGACGCCUUGUGUUGGUGAGACCUUCAUUUGGAAGUCUCAUCGCAUUUUGUCGCCCUGAUCGCUAUGCAGAAUUCAAUGCCGUCCCUCGCCGAAUAUCCCUCUCGCGGUGCAAGCCAUCGCUAGAUAACGAGGGCGUGUAGACGGUGUAACGUUCCAUGGAACGUACAUACAUUUCCCCCACAGCAUAAUACUCCCCACGUUAUGAUCGUCGUAUGAUUCGCGGAGCUUUCCCCCUCGACCUGCGGAGAGGCGACAUGAUCGUAUCAGUCGGCACGUCGUACGACGAUAAUUCUUUGACCUGCAAACCAAGAAAUAUUUCGCGAUCUCAUACGGGCCUACUACCCCAUCAUCGGGCCACCUUUACAACUAGAGCCGCCGAGCAUGAAGGAUUUUCAGGCGAAUCAUCAAAAAACAAAAUAACGAUAGGCCGCCAACCACUGCCACUCCAUGGAGCGUCAUCAAUCAUCCACGUGUGGUCUGCCUUGCCCGCCCCGACUCCACCAACAACAUCUUCCUUCUUCGCGCCCCCUCUUCUACAAGCAUGGGAAAAGUGCACACGCACGCAUGGCUUUGCUAACGACUCCCCCUCUUACCACAGCGACGUCGGACAACAUCGGCUAAGCAAGCAGGUCACUGCCUGUGUGCGUUCGCAGGAUUUGCCAAAUAUACCGUUUCCACCCUGUUUAACCCGAUUGACUAGAUGUCGUAUUCUCCCCCCUUCUCCCGUCCCGUUGCGUUGCAAGCGGGCGAACAAUCGACGCCGCUGGUAG